CACUCUGAAUAUGAAACCAGUGGUGCGUCCGCAAAGUAGAAGCUUGCAGGCCUCACCGAAGCACGAACCACAUCAGACGGAAACAAGAACGCCAAAGAAAGCGGCAGGUGAGUGACAGACUAUUUUGUUUGCGUACUUACUAAUUCCGGGGAGCAUCUUGUGGUAAUAGGUAACCUAGGUGUAUCGAUUCUGGUACUGCUACUAAAGACGCCAUAACGAAUGUUGAUAUCCUACGCCUCCCUCCUUACUACAGUUUUUAUGUCAGGUGAUAUUUUAUAAUUGAGUGUGAGCAUUCACUGCUCUCAGUCGAGCAGGUGCCGGCGGCACUCGAUGUGCAGCCACAACCUCACCUAACCUAACCAACCUAUUCGUCAUUUUCUUCUGAUCUCACUUUGUCACCGAAGCCAACGCGUUUUAAUUUUCAGCUACCUUGGCGUGCGAAGCUGCGAGUCGUGGUGAGCGCUGUGUGGGCGAGCGUAUGCAGGAACUUAAGGCCAAAGCGAUGUGCCGGCUACAAGUUUUGAGGGAGGCAGAAGAAGCUCAGAGAAGCGCAAACGAGAAUCACGACGAAAUAAGCGAGCAGAUGAGCAAGUGCGAAGUUAUAAACAAGCAGAGCAAUGAAAACAAAGACAAUGUUGAUGUAUCUUCACAAGACAAGGCGAGGUCACAAGAACCCGCUUUUAGCUCGAACACUGACCCAGAUGAUGCUUCUGAACGAGUCAUUAUACCGCGUGAGCCGCCAGCCCCUCCUAAACACAAGCUUCGAAGUGAGAAAAAAUUAAAUUCUAGUACUUCCAG